AUGUACCUACCUGAUAUCGAAGUAAACAGAAGGCUAAAUACUACUGAAGCCACACUAAACAAUGUUACUAUCCACGGAUUCUGUGGUGCAUCAUCUCGAGCUUACGCUGCAGUAGCCUACCUAAGAGUAAGAAUAGAAAGCGGUGAAGUGAAUACAUCAAUCAUCGCUGCUAAAACCAAAGUUGCACCUACAAAACCACAAUCCCUACCUCGUCUGGAACUAAGUGGGGCUAUACUGCUUGCUGGUCUAAAACAGAUAAAGGAAUCAAUGAACGUACCUGCCUGUCAGAUAUUUGCUUGGACUGACUCAACCAUUGUACUCCCGUGGUUGUUUGGUAAUCCUGAAAAAUGGAGCACUUACGUGAGAAACAGGGUUGUUGAAAUACUUGACACAAUCGGCAAUCAUAAUUGGUAUCAUGUCAAAUCGCCAGAAAACCCAGCUGACUCCGCUUCACGAGGGCAAUCAUUGCAAGAGCUAAAAAAUGAUGAACUGUGGUGGAAGGGCCCAGAUUGGCUGAGAGUGGAGGAGGAGGAGGAUUGCGACAAGUUGCAAGAAUUGCUUAAGGUGAUUAUAUUAUAUAUCUAA